CAGCGAGCGAGUUGCUCUGCUGUGAUCCUUCAUCUUCUAAAGAUGCCUCCUGACUUGUCUCCACACCUACACACUGAAGAAUGCAACGCCUUGCUUAACUUGCUAAAGGAAUGCCACAGAAAUCACAGCGUUCUGAAAUGUUUUGGUCAUUGCAAUGAUUUUGAUCGGGAGAUGAGAAAAUGCCUGAAAAAUGAGUACGCGGAAAAGAGGUCCAGGAGCAGGGAGCAUGGCGAUUUGAUGCAAAAGAGACUCUUGAAUCCCCCAGAGGAGUCUGGGAAAUGAAGUAAUGUUUUCACCUGAAGCCUUGACUGAGCGAAGACCUCAAGACUCUUGGUUGAUAAUCUGGUUUAUUUGGUCUCCACGAUCUUGUGACUGCAACGU